CGUAGAUCUCGUCACGAGAUUUUUUUAUGAUUGUUAGUCAUGGGUACAAGCUGUCCGGGGUAGUUUGCCAGCUACAAUUGUAGGUCUUUACAAAUAUUGCAGUUGUAAGAGUGUUAAACUAUUGUCUAUGAAUAUGGCAAACAUCACAAAAAAAGUGUCUUGGUCUAGCCGGGGCGAUGACAGUGCGCGCGGAGAGGCUACCCCGCUACUCAACGGAACCGAGGAAGUCAGAUACACAAGACAGCCAUCCGGGGGAUUAUUUCACAUAAGUAGACUCAGUACGGUGGACCUGGAAGAAGAAAUCACAUCAGAAGAGCAGGACUCUGUGAGGACCAGACCCAAUAUGAUCCCCCACAAUGAGAAGCUGCUCUCGCUCAAAUACGAGAGUCUUGACUAUGAUAACAUUGAGAAUCAGCUGUUUCUGGAAGAAGAGAGGCGGAUGAGCCACAUGGGCUUCAGAUGUCUGGAGAUCAGUCGCUGGGUCAUCUGUGGGCUCAUUGGUUUUCUCACUGGACUCAUCGCUUGUUUUAUUGACAUUGUUGUGGAGAAAUUGGCUGGGAUAAAAUACAUUGUUGUCAAACAGAACAUUGAGAAAUUCACUGAGGUCGGUGGGCUCUCCAUCUCGCUGAUAUUAUGGGCUGUGCUAAACUCAUCACUAGUAAUGGUAGGAGCCAUCAUAGUGGCUUUUUUCGAGCCCAUUGCUGCAGGCAGUGGCAUCCCUCAGAUUAAGUGCUACCUGAACGGAGUGAAGAUCCCACGGGUGGUGCGACUGAAGACACUGAUGGUGAAAGUGUUCGGAGUGAUUUGCUCUGUGGCUGGAGGACUGGCGGUCGGAAAGGAAGGACCCAUGAUCCACUCAGGGGCUGUGGUGGCGGCUGGGGUGUCCCAGGGCAGGAGCACAUCCCUCAAGAAAGACUUCAAGAUCUUCGAGUACUUCCGCAGAGACACGGAGAAGAGAGACUUCGUCUCAGCCGGUGCCGCUGCUGGUGUGUCGGCUGCCUUCGGAGCUCCCGUCGGUGGAGUGCUUUUCAGUUUAGAAGAGGGGGCCUCCUUCUGGAACCAGAUGUUGACGUGGAGAAUAUUCUUUGCCUCAAUGAUCUCCACCUUCACUUUGAACUUCUUCCUGAGUAUCUACAAUAACAAGACUGGAGACCUCUCCAACCCUGGGCUUAUUAACUUUGGUCGCUUUGAUAGUGAUAGUGUGGCCUAUAACCUCUAUGAGAUUCCUCUGUUCAUCAUUAUGGGAGCAAUCGGAGGAUUGCUGGGGGCACUGUUUAACUUCCUGAACUACUGGCUAACAAUUUUCAGAAUCAGGUACGUUCACCGGCCCUGCCUUCAGGUGAUCGAGGCCAUGCUUGUGGCUGCAGUCACCGCCACCGUCUCCUUCACCAUGAUCUACUUCUCCAACGACUGCCAGCCCCUGGGCCAGGACCAGACCAAAGACGACUACCCUCUACAGCUGUUCUGCGCAGAUGGCGAGUACAACUCCAUGGCCACCGCAUUCUUCAACACACCGGAGAGGAGCGUCCGCAGCCUGUUCCACAACCCACCAGGCUCCUACAACCCACUGACGCUGGGUUUGUUUACACUGACCUACUUCUUCCUGGCCUGCUGGACCUAUGGGCUGACCGUGUCGGCGGGGGUCUUCAUUCCCUCACUGCUGAUCGGUGCGGCAUGGGGACGCCUCUUCGGCAUCCUGCUGUCCUAUUUCACCUCGGGCAGCUCGCAGAUAUGGGCAGAUCCUGGCAAGUACGCUUUGAUAGGAGCCGCAGCACAGCUGGGUGGCAUCGUCAGAAUGACCCUAAGUCUCACAGUCAUCAUGGUGGAGGCGACUGGCAACGUCACCUUCGGCCUUCCCAUCAUGCUCGUGCUCAUGACGGCCAAGAUCGUAGGAGAUUACUUUGCAGAGGGCUUAUAUGAUAUCCACAUCAAGCUACAAAGUGUUCCCUUCCUUCAUUAUGAAGCUCCCGCCACCUCUCACUGGCUAACUGCGAGGGAGGUGAUGAGCUCUCCAGUAACCUGCUUCAACAAGGUGGAGAAGGUUGGCACCAUCGUGAACACCCUGAGCAACACCUCCACAAAUCACAACGGCUUCCCUGUAGUCAUUCAGAUCCCAGACAGUGAUGAGCCUGGGAUGGUCUGUGGCUUGAUUCUGCGCUCCCAGCUCAUAGUGCUGCUGAAGCACAAGGUGUUUGUGGAGCGGGCACGCACGCGCCUCAGCCAGAGGAAGCUGCAGCUGAAGGACUUCCGUGACGCCUACCCGCGCUUCCCCCCAAUCCAGUCCAUCCACGUGUCACAGGACGAGCGCGAGUGCAUGAUGGACCUCAGCGAGUUCAUGAACCCCACGCCCUAUACCGUGCCACAGGAGACCUCUCUCCCCCGAGUGUUUAAGCUGUUCAGAGCCCUGGGCCUGAGGCAUCUGUUGGUGGUGGACAGUGAAAACAGGGUGGUGGGCCUGGUGACUCGUAAGGACCUGGCACGGUACCACAUGGGCAAACACGGGCUGGAGGAGCUCCAGCUGGCACAGACAUGACGGCGCUGCGGUCCCUGCCGAGUCCCGGCACUCCACACCCCGAUGCCUACCUACCCACCCGACCGCCAGCUAUGCACCGCCAAUGCACUCCAGACGACGACCCAGUGUCUCGGUAGUGUCAUAGAAGCCAAAAUCGGUGGACAAACGUGCACUAUUUUUUUUUUGUUUCCUUUUGUCCGAUAUUAGCAAGGGCUCUCUUUUUGACAAAGGUUGGAACAAACACUUUGUUCAAAAUAGAUACACAUGUUUAGAUUUCCUCAUCUUGCAUACCUUAGAGACUCACACAUCUGACAUUUUGCACUAUGUGAUCAUUUUGUUUAUUUAUUCUGCAGUAAUGUAGCCUGACAGCCUGGGGGGCAAACAAAUCCAGUUACUUCCCGGACAUAUUGAUUGCCACAUCUGAAGGAUCAGUCACUGAGUCACUGCAGAGUCUGGCUGUAAGUGCAGCACGCAAGACUCUCAGGUUGUUUUUGUCACUUUAUUAUUUGUACCCUUCGAGAGAGCUAGGCGGUCAUACAGGUGACAGAGGUGGUGUAGAUCCUGAUUUGAUCUCGACAUAUCAAUACAACAUGGAAUCACCCUCUCAGAGUAUUUAAACCACCUUGAGUAGUUUUCGUUUAAGUAUUCGUCUUCAGCCGACCCGAGGAUGUUGCUGUGGUGUCUGUUGUUCUCUAUGUUUAAAAUAUUACAUUUAGCAUUUAUUUGCCGUUCAUUUGCAGUGGCCAAACACCAUGGAGCCAUAUUUUUCACCAGAAACAAUACACAAGGACAGCAAAAACCACUCCCAAGCCACAGCUCAUUCAAUCCUUUUGUACGCCCUUCAUAUGGGAUUCAUGAGUCCUUUGUAUGCCCUUUAUAUGGAAUUCAUGGGUCCUUUGUCAUUGUUGGCUGCAUACGGAAAUGAGAUCUGAAAUCCUGGUGAUGGAAGCCUUCACAAGGAGCACCUAUAGAUGUUUGCCGUGUGUUCAUGCAGGGUGCAUGCUGGGAUAGCUUAUGGGUGUGUUUGUGGAGGCCCCUUUGCACUUGGUUGAGGGUGAAGGAAUCCAAGUGGUACUGUUUUAGUUUGCACAAUACACUGGUCUAGACUCACAGACUGUCUAUAUUCUGUGUGGAGUUUACAAGCUGGUAAGUGAAUGUAACAUUUUGGCCAUAAGGUUUGUUAACUUAAAUAUUAAAUAUACAUUUACAUUUUCUGAAAUAUUAAGAAGGUACUUCAAAUUUAAACAAGGAAUGUAAAAUUUGAAUGAUGUGUAUAAUUAAAAAAAAAAGUUUUCAUGAGGAUUUUAAAUUAAUGUAAGUGACAGUAUUCAGGUGUUAACGUAAAAUUUGAAGAAAGAAAAUGCAGUGAAAUCAUGUUAAGACUGAUAUAAACCCACAUAAUGCCCUUCUGAACAAAAGAUACUUGUGCCCUUGACAUUGUUUGGGUAUUGAGGCUUAACUGGUUUGCCCUCUCAGUCAUUGAACAUUGUUUUUACAGCAGUCCCAUAAUGCUCACUUUGUUUCUACGUGGAUCUUUUUGUACAGUUGUAGAUGUUGAAUGAAAAGUGACGAUAUGCUGUAUUUUAUAAUCAUUUGGACAUUUGUGAACUAAUAAAGCUAUGGAUAAAUUGUA